CACAGUUUGCAAAAAAUAUCUUGACUCGUUGGUUGUGUGUUCUUACAUGUUUUUCGUUAAUUUUUUAUUUGUUUAUAAAACAAGCCGCAAACAAUAUUCAUUAAACUAUUCAUAAACAUGCACAAGUCAAAGUAAACAAUAAAACUACUCAUCAUACGCAACAAUUACCACUAAAUUCUUUCAAUGAAAAUUCAUUGUCAAUGUUCGAAAUUUUAUGUCGGCGGCAAUUCAUAAAAGGAUCCUUGUAGUGAAGGAAAAGUCAUUUCCAACUUAAAAACUGGCAUACUGCAAUUAUAAAAAUCUGGGGCUGGACAAGAAAUCAAGGUUUUCAUUUAUAUUUGCUUUUGCAGCACAAAUUUUUUUUAUUGACAUCUAUUUUGAGCGAAUAAAAUAUUUAUUUAACUCAAAGUAUGAAUAAUUUGGAUCAUGUGAAAAAUUACUAUCCUGAAAACUACAAAAUGGACUUAUCUGAAACAAUGAAAGCUGCCCUCUCAAAAGGUCCACCUCUUGUCAGUCCAGCUUCUAGCACUUCUGUUGUCACACCUGGAUCUGGAGUAAGCAAUCAUGCACCGCUUUCAGCUGACGGUCAACAUGGCAACCUUCAAGGUGUUGGCUAUGUCACUGAAAAACUUUACAUGCUAUUGCAGCUAUAUCUGCAAAACAAGGGAUGGAAUCCAAGUGUUGAACUGUUGCAGUGUUUCUCUGAUCUCAAGGAUAGUGCUAUGCUUCCGAGUGCUGCCUAUUUGCAAAUUCUAGCCAAUCGUUUAACUCUUGAUGGCCAAGGACGUUUGAUUUUGCGAGAGAAUGGCAAAAUAGUCCUUCCCUUCGAACACUUUGCCAAUGCUGUUAUGCUCAAACACAUGUCCGGACCGCAUGGUCUACAUUUGAGUGUAGAGGCAACAAUGCGGGCAGUUGUUGAAUCCUACACCAUCGGACGUGAUAACUUUGGAAUGGAAAAAGAAUUCAUCGUAGAGGUGGUACAAUCUUGCCCAUCGCCAGCAUGUCGUUAUUACAAGACACACUUGCCAAUGCCACCGAUUCCAUUUAUGGAACAACCAUUUGCCAGUGUUUCGCCAGAAUUUUUGCAACACAUGCCGCCACCUCAUUCGGUGGGUGGUGAAGUAGAUUUGAGCAAGAGCGGCCAUAGUAGUGCUCAAAAAGUUCCUCAACCAAUUUCGCAUAUUUCCAAACAAAAUUUGCAAACACAAAUAAACAAUCAUCAACAUCAUCAGCAACAAUUGCAACAGCAACAUCAGCAACAACAGCAGCAGCAACAACAGCAGCAACAACAACAGCAGCAGCAACAACAACAGCAGCAGCAGCAACAACAGCAACAGAUUACUGCUGCUAUCAUCCAACAACAGAAUCGUGUUAUGGCUCAGCAGAGUCUCGAAAAGUUUAGCAAUCUUUCGUCGAUUGAAAAGCAACGAGUUCUUCAGCAAUUGGAUAAGAAGCAUUACGAACAGAAUAUACCAAUUCCGGUGCCAGGAGGAAGUGUUGCUUUACAGCAAGCUCAGGUUCUAGCUAACGCAGGAAAUAUUCCUCAUCAAAUUCCCAGUUCCUCUCCUCACUUGCCACCUCCGCCAUCUCCAUCAUCAGUUUCAUCACAUACAGAUCAGAAUCAAAAGAAUAUUGAUGUUUUGCGCUCUAAUCUGGAGUCUUUGGAAUCAAAUAAAGAUUUACUAGCAUUACAUAAUGGUGCAUGGGGUGGUCAAGAUUUACGCGAAGGACAAACUGUAGGCCAGGAAAAAAUCGUACGAGCCUUUUCGGAAUUAAUGAAGAAUAUGUCGCGAAUGAAAUCAUACAUUCGUCCAUCAAUGUGCAAACCAUAUGGCAAACAAAGUGAAAGCUUGCAGAAAAAAAACAAUGUAAUCCUUGGCACACGAAGUGGUCAAUUGAUCAUGUAUUCGGUGCAAACAAAUGAGCCCGAUAGCAAAAUAAACUUGCAACUGUUGAAAUUUAAUAAAAAUUUCAGUAAGAAAGCAAUCAAUCAAAUGGAAGUGAUUGCCGAGGAGAAUCUUCUUUUCAUUCUCACUGAUAGCAUGAUUAAUGUAUGCGAUAUAAGUCGAUUAAAUUUUGCAUUUAUUCAUAGUUCCGUUGAGACCAAAGGAAGCAGUAUAUUUGUUCUAGAUGUGAAAACACCGAAAUCUCAAACUGGAGAAACAGCCACUGUGAUAAGAAUGUGUGUUGCCAUUAAACGAAAACUGCAAUUCUACUAUUGGAAACUGGAUCGAUUGCAUCCAUUGCCAAUCAGUAUCGAGUUGAAAGAUGUUCCGAGAGCACUCUGUUGGAUUGACGACAUCAUUUGUGUUGGUUUCAAGGACGAGUAUGUUAUCUAUAAUAUUUCUUCCAACACCCCAGAAAAGCAUGACCUGAUCGUCACAUCAUCGUCACACAGCAUGGACCCAUGCAUUUGUGUAAUAAAAAAUCACGUAUUUGGUGUUUCAAAAGACGAAUAUCUCGUUGCUAUUGAUCCAAAAGAUUUUGUAAAAACCAAAGACUCUGACUCGAAAUCAAAUAAAGAAAAUGCAGUCUCGGCUGGAGAAUCUAAAAACUCUGUCAAACCACUCACAUGGAGUAGUUCAGUGUUGGAUCUAGUUUGGGACGAGCCAUUUGCAAUUGGACGAAUAGCAAAUGGUGUUGAAGUGCGUUGUCUAGAAAGCAGUGGCCUCAAUAAAGAAACACUCGUCCAAAGUAUACCCGAACUAGGUAAGGUAAAGUUUUUGGUUCGAUCGGGAAAAGGAACAAUAUUUGCCGCAGCAAUAUCGGAGCUGUGGUAUAUUCAAUUGGUUGACAUUCCCACACAGCGACAGAAUUUACUCCAACAAAAGAAAUUUCAACUUGCAAUCGAAUUAACUAAUAUAUCUGACGAACCAGAAGAAAUCAAAGCUGAUACUAUUCGUCAAAUCCAUACACGUUAUGCCAAAGAACUUUUUGCCAAUAUGCAAUUCUCUCUGGCAAUGAAUGAAUUUGCUAAAGCACAAGCAGAUCCUUAUGAUGUCAUUCGACUGUUUCCUAAUUUAGUUCAGGAUCAAUCCAAGACAAACAUUCCAAUAGAGCCAGCAAAUAUGCCAGUUCUGGAAGAUAAAGAUCUAGAAAAUGCACUCAUGGCUUUGAUUGAUUUUCUCGCUGUUGCCAGACAAAAAGAAAUCCAUAAGCUAACCAACACAAAAGGACCUUCGAAAUCUUCGCUCUUGUCGAUUAUUGAUACAACUCUACUCAAAUGUUAUUUGCAGACAAAUGAUUCAUUAGUAGCUCCAUUGCUGCGUCUCAAACAAUGUCAUCUGGAAGAGUCCGAAAAAACUCUAAAAAAGCACGAUAAAAUCAGUGAAUUGAUAAUUCUCUAUCAAACAAAUGGAAAACACAAGAAAGCUCUUGAAUUACUCCAAGCCCAAGCAUCAAUUGAAGGUUCUAGCUUGUAUGGUCACGAAAGAACAAUUCGUUACUUACAAGCACUGGGCGCUGAUCAUAAAGAUUUGAUAUUUGAAUUUUCCAACUGGGUGUUGCAUAAACAUCCCGAAGAUGGUUUGAAAAUUUUUACCGAUGAUUUCAUUGAAGUUGAGAAUUUGCCCAGAGCUAAAGUUCUUGAUUUUCUUUUGGUUGGACACAAGAAUCUAGUUAUUCCAUAUUUGGAACACAUUGUAAAUGUUUGGAAUGAACCAAUAACAAUGUUUCAUAAUAUUCUUGUUAAGCAAUAUCGAGAAAAGGUACAGAUUUUGAUGAAAGAAUUGGAAAAUGCAAGAAGUGAAGGAAAUAGUGAAACUCUCCAACAGCUUGAAACUUAUCGUUCGAAAAUGUAUGAUUUUCUUAAGAAAUCUGACAAAUAUUCCCCAGAGACUGUUUUGCAAGAACUUCCUCCAAAUAUACUUCUCGAAGAGCGUGCCCUUAUUUUAGGCAAAUUAAAGAAACACGAAAAAGUGCUCGCUAUUUACAUACAAAUUCUUGGAAAUGUCGAAAAAGCUUCAGAAUAUUGUGAAGAAGUUUAUCCUGAAGAGAAUGAUAUAUUCGCAAUGCUUUUGAAAACUAUUCUCAAUCCUUUGAGUGUACCACCCUAUCAAGGAGUGGAAUUACAUCCGGAUUUCUUGAAACCAAAUUCGGAAAUUGUUUUGCAAUUGCUAAACAAGUAUGCUGUUAAUAUAAAUCCAGCUAAAGUUUGGCCAUACUUGCCCGAAGAUAUGCCCUUACAUAGAUUAAGAAAUUAUAUGGAAACUGUUAUUCGUACCCAAAUGGAAAGGAAGCGACAUCAUCAAAUAUUAAAAGGACUCCUUACCGCCGAAUGCCUUCGAUUGCAGGAACAACGAAUGCAUCAAGAAAAGAAAUGUGUUACUAUAACCGAUUUUAGUAUUUGUCCAGUUUGUAAAAAACGAUUUACCAAUCAAAGUGCUUUUGUUCGAUAUCCAAAUGGAGAAAUUGUUCAUUUGUCAUGUCAUGAUAAACAAGUUGGUGUCGCUUAAAUAUAAAUAAUAAUAAAAAUAGCUAUAAACUUAUUAACUUAAAUUUUAUAUAAAAUAUAUUAAUAAAUAAACCGCAAUGUAAUACUAUACUAAUAUUAAAAAUAGCACAUAUGUAAUAAUUAACCGAUAACGA